CUCUCUAGCUCGUAUAGUCGUAUAUUGCUUGAACGAGGAAAGAAGAAGAAAGAGCUCUCUCUCUCUCUCUCUCUUUCUCUCUCAAUACGAAUACUCAAAUGGCGUUUCUGGCGGAAUCCGGCGACGUUUGUGUGCAGGAGGCGAUGGCGUGGCUACCCGCCCACGUUUUUGACUCUGCUUGCGAACCGAAGGAACUUUUGGGCCGUCAAUACCACCACCAUCAUUAUCAUCAUCGUCGUCUCAACAACACUUACGCAAGCCCUCUUCCUCGGAAUCACAGCUCAAAAUCGGAGUCAAAACGGCAACCAAGACCAAGACCACCGAGAUAUCCAAUAAACGGUGCAUCUGGAGGACCCGGAAUGCAGGCCAUCUUUCUAGACUCUAGGCAAAGGUCAUGCGGCACUGGGGUUUUCCUCCCUCCUUGGGCUGGUACCAACUUCCAACCAACCAAGAAGCCAGCKUGUUCGCCUGUUCUUCUCCCAUCUCGCGUUGUGCAAGCUCUUAACCUCAAUGUGCAUGCAUUAGCCUGUUCCCAAAUCACACCCCAACGACGAGAUGUAAACAGUACCUUAGUCUUAGACAAUGACCGGAGUCGUCGCAAUUCAGUUUGCAAUAAAAACUGCAACGGUUCAUCUCAGUGCUGUGUCUCCGCCCAAUCUCGCAGCUCUUCGCCGGAGAUAUUUCUUCCAAAGGAAUGGACUUACUAGACUUGGAAAAAAAAUAUCAAAAAUAAAGAAGAUGAAGAAAUGCUCCUUCUCUUCUUACUUCACUAUUGAUAUUGAUAAUGUAAUGUAAACAUGUUAAUUACCAUUGAUUCAAUAAUAAUAGUAGUAAACGA